CUUUCGAGUUGUUCAUAAUACUGCCAUACAAUUUUCAAUAUCCGAAUCCGGUCUGAAGCUUUUGGAAACGCCGCGCUGCACUUCUUUGCGAAAAGCCUCCACAUCUUCAAAUUGCCCCGCGCUCCGGGAUUUCGGGAAGGAUCCAGGCUAUCUGCGGCAAUAUACAAGAAAGCCUUGGGAAGCGCUUUUAAAAUAAAUAUAUCUACGUCAAAAACACUGAGGAAGUCACGCCAGGCUCACCAACAAAUCCAACUUUAAAAUCCUACUCUUACUCUUGUCCUAUAUAUUUCAUCCAUCCUGGGCUACCCAAGAUCUAUGCAUCACAUAUCAAUUUGAAUCGUCCAGUACCAUUAAUACUCUCUGAAUAUACAUACAGACAUCGUUCUCCAGCCGGUACUAAACGAUAUGUGUCUAGCCACAAUGUUAAAAGCACUGGAGACAAAUCUUGAACCGAAUGUCCAGGUAAAUCUCGGCACGGGUUUACUGGUCUUGAUUUUAGCUUUCGUCGGGGCUUGCUUCCAUCAAGCAUGCAACAAAAACACGGCCACUGAGCCAUUACUUCUCACUGUUGAGCCCAAAAGUAGCAAGUCACUGAAAACGGAAGUAGCGACGGAAAAGCACUUUAAUGGUUAGUUUGGAUGGGAAUGUUAAAAAUUGGUCGCUGACUGGAAUUCUAGGAUCACCGAAGAUCCCAGGGUGCCUUGCUGUGUCAAGGACCAGCAAUCAUUCUAUCCUUGGACUGCACAUUAGAUGAUAUAUGUUUAAUAUCACUAAAGACACGGAAAAGUGACAUGGGAUGACCUGUUCGUGGAUCUUUGUGCUUGGCAUCCUCGAAUCGUUUUCCAAACGUCACGAAAGUUGCGCUUAAUUGAAGAGUUAAAUGUGGUAAUGCUUCUGGGCGGGGAUAUUGGACGGUGUCCCGGAGGAAAAUAGGCAUGGAGUUUGGAUAUUGGCACUGCCAGGUUUGGCAAUUUCUUGGGCGCAAGUGAUUUUCGGAUUCGAUCACCAAACAACAUGUUGGUAGUGUAGGAUAUUAAGCGUUUCGGCACUUCGGCGGUUUCAGUAGAGUACAAAUCGCAAGAGAACGAGCUCAUUUAUCGUGUUUGGAUUUAAUCCUCUUGUAAUUAUAUUACAGUCUUGUCAAAAAACCAUCACAGACCUUCCCCU